AUGGCUGUCGCUUCUUUCUGUAUUUGCGAGUAUCUGCGCUCCGCAACAUUCAGCGUGCGCGACGCAAAUGAUACUGGCCGCUCCAACCCUGUAGCAUCUUCUUGUGACAGAAUGGCACCUAAUCCGGUCGGAGAAGCAUCUACAGUCAAAAUUACUUUUGCAUCAAACAACCGUGAGAGAGGCCAUGGAAUCGCUCAAACAAAUUGUAAAAAUGCUUACGAAGGUCAACAAUAUAGAAUUAAGAGAAAUUUACAAAGUAUGAUAAUAUCACAACAUUUUAGUGAAAGCACAUUGAUGCCAGGAGUUGAUGUCAGUUUACAUUGUACGGUGAACGGGCCACAUCCAGCGAGAUUCGUCUGGGAGCGAGAUGGCCUCGUCAUAUCUUCUAACACGGAUUCCAGGUACACAGUGGGCCAAACAAUAGCACAAGACGGUGGAGUUUCCACACAGUUGAAUAUAUCUCACGUGCGCGUGGAUGACGGCGGCUUGUUCUCAUGCGUGGCCCAUCAUGGCGACAGUGUGGUGGCGCAUCAUGAAAGGCUCAAUGUUUAUGGUCCACCGUACAUUCGAACAUUACCCCCGCUUAAAGUCCAAAGUGGUCAGAGCGUAACGCUUCGAUGUCCGUACUAUGGGUAUCCAGUCAGAGAAAUAUCCUGGGAAUACAAAGGAAAAGAAAUAAGCACAGACAUUCUCUCAAGCCAAGCGAACCGGUACAAACGGUUUACAAAGGAUUCGGAAUUCAGCAUAGAAAUAUUCGGUCGGAAGCCUAAAUUAAGGGAGAAGAGGGAUUUAGGACCUAGUGAGGGAAUGCUGAACGUUCCAAGAGUGACAAAAAUGGACAGCGGGUCCUCAUACUCGUGUAUAGUGAAGAGUCCCUCAGGAGAAAUGGCGAAAAGAUCCUUUGAAUUACACGUCGUAGAAGCCCCACAGCUUGAAGAUAUUCUGCUCCCCACAGAUCUCCAAGAAGGCCAGAUAGUACAAAUACAUUGCAACCUCAAGACCGGAGACUCACCGGUUUAUUACUCUUGGUUGAAAGAUGGUAAAAAGAUUCCUACUCAUUUGAAGAUCGUCGAAAGAAGUCUCGAAGUGUUCAGCGUGCUUAUCAUCAAAAACGUCUCCUUGGACCACUGCGGUACCUAUACAUGCGUGGCGGCCAACCACGUGGCAAAAGUUAAUAAAACUGUCAAUUUGUAUAUAAAAGUUGCGCCUAAAUGGAGCGAAGAGCCGAAGAACACAUCUCUACUACUAGGCAGAAACGACCACAUAUCCUGCAGCGCCACCGGCUAUCCACAACCGCAGACGCACUGGCUCAAGAAAGAUGUUCUAUCGGAGACAUGGCGUCCAGUACUGGAGAUCGCCGGAGGUGGAGUACUCAGCUUGUCCAACGGCUCCCUGAUCUUCGAUUCAGUGGCGUUGUCUGAUGCUGGACUGUAUACCUGUCAUGUGGAGAAUGGUGUCGGCGAACCGCUAAGCAAGACCGUGUGGAUCUCUGUCAACAAGCCAGUAACCUUCGACGUGGUAUCUAGAAACCUGACAGCCAAACUGGGCCAACACGUGACAAUAGAAUGCCAGGCUAAAGGGGACGACCCUAUUCGCAUCAUGUGGACCAGGAAUGGGAAACCCAUAAAUCCUUUGACACAAAGGAUAAAAAUCUCCGAAAUGAAGACUGAAGACGGUAUGACGAACAUUCUAGAACUACUGCAGACGGAGACGAGCGACGGUGCUCUGUACCAGUGCAGAGCUGGAAACCCCUUCGGAGCUGAUGUGUUUAGCGUCCAUCUUACUAUACUAGAACCACCAAUCCCACCAUCGGAUUUAUCAGUAGACUCGAUAAAGAGUAGAUCAGUGAAGCUCUCGUGGAGGGAUAUGACCAAAUCCCUCGCUCAAUACUACAGCAUGCAGAUCACGAAUAGCCAACGACUGUCGUGGAGUACUGCCAGGACUAUCAACAUUACCAGGUUAGAAGAAAUCCGCCAUUGGAUUGAGAUUGAGGAACUGCAGCCAGCUACAAGCUAUACCGCGCGGGUGGCUGGCGGGAACCAGGCGGACCUCAGCCACUACUCUACCCCAGUGAGGUUUACCACCACAGAGGAAGCACCAUCCUCGCCACCACUUGGUGUGCAAGUGGAACAGACGGACUCGCCAGGCGAGCUGCGAGUGCGAUGGCUGCCACCACCAGCUGAUUCGCACAACGGUCAGAUACUAGGAUAUAGACUGCGGGCCGUACCGCAACUUAGUGCGUUUAAAGAAAGUGAAGAGACAAGCGACAAAAUCAUUAAAACUGUAUCACUUUAUGCGAAGCAAGAGACUACUGUCACGGGAUUACUAAAAGGCGUCAGAUAUGCGGUGUCAGUGGCGGGAUACAACAGCGCAGGCGUAGGACCUUAUUCAGUGCAGCUGUUCCAGGACACCAGGGAAGGAGCUCCCGAAGAGGGACCGUCCUCAGUGGAGUGCGGAGGAGUGACCUCCACAGCGCUGCGGGUGAGUUGGCAACCCAUCCCACCUCACAAGCAAGCUGGAGCCCUCAUUGGAUACACAGUACUAUACGCAGCGCAAGGUCGUCACUGGCUGAACUCCACUUCCCUGGUGACCGAGCUGCGCCUCCAAGGUCUUGCGAAGUACACAAACUACACCAUCAAGGUGGCGGGUUUCUCCAACUACGGACACGGGCCUUUCUCCUACCCUAUUAUCUGCUCCACGCUGCAGGAUGUGCCAGAAUCACCAGCAGAAAUAAAGCUGCUAUCACAGUCGUCGUCGACGCUGCUUGUGAGUUGGAAAAGACCAAACCAGCCUAAUGGACGGUUGUUACAUUAUACAGUAUACAACAAACCUACUUCCAGUAACGACGGUCCUCAAACAUUCCGCGUGGACGUCCAGUCCAGCACGGAAGCGUACGAGAAGUCACAGACCAUGGAACUAAAGGGUCUGGUGGAAGGCAGGCAGUAUGAUGUGUGGGUGACGGCUAGCACUGCUGUUGGUGAGGGUCCUGAAAGCAGGAGGGUGACAAACACGCCUUCGCAGAGAGUUGUAGCAGGAGUGGCGUCUCUAGGUGGUGAGAUCACCAUCGCAGUAAGGAACUCCUUGCUGCUAGAAUGUAAGAGUGUGGGUUCGCCACCACCGAGGACAGUGUGGUACCAUAAUCAGAACAUCAUAACCCAUCAUCCCAGGUUCACCAGGAACAGAGAUGACAGCCUGUUGAUUAAGAGUAUUGACCAAUCACUAAGCGGCAACUAUACGUGCUUAGCCAAGAACCUAUACGGUUCAGAUUCCGUGGUGUAUUCUGUGAGGGUUUUGCCCCUCCCAGACCCUCCCUCUAUACGGGCAACUCCAUACAAAGACUACAUUAUUGUGGAGUGGGAUGAAAUACGAGGAUACGGGAAUGAUUCACUCAGCUAUGGGAUAAGCUACAAUCUAACCUGGCGUGAAGGAGACGGCCCCUGGCAAGAAGCGUGGCCCGUGGCCAGGGAGACCAGACUCCCAGGAGUACAGCAGCAUACCUUGGCUGGUUUGAAGUGCGGGACCAAAUAUAGUGUCAGGGUAACCGUUACUGACAGUGUUGGCACUUCGGCGCCUGCACAUGUAGACGUCACUACGCUUGGUGGAGCUCCGAUGUCACCACCCACAAACGAUUGGCUCUGGAGCAACGCCACCCACAUCUACAUACAGCUGAGUGGGUGGGAUGACGGCGGAUGUGACGUCACGCGAUGGGAGGUUGAAUAUAGACCACUGGGAUCUACAGUGUGGCAUAGAGCUGAGAAUCGGGCGCCUGUGGACCUGACUCCCGCCUGGAGCUACUUAGAGGGCCAGUUCCAAGCUCCUCCUCUACGAUCCUUACCAGCGUCGUUCGCUGUGGGAUCCCUGACCCCCGCAGCCUGGUACGAGCUCAGGGUCACGGCGAGGAACGAUGCAGGGCCGGCGCAGGCGACGUACACUUACGCCACCAAGACCUUGGAUGGAGAGGAAAUCGGACCGCCAUCAGAGUUCUUCGACCUAAACAUGCUGGUCAUCAUCUGCAGUUCCAUACUCCUCGUGGUGUGUCUCAUGGCCUUCUUCUGUAUACUGUUUAGGAGGCACCGGCAAGGUUAUUCGUCCCAAUACCGACACUCCAUCGCGGAAGAAGUGAAGUCCCGCAAUGAGAGCGUGGCGUCGCACUCCGAGCACAAGGAACGGUAUGCGCACGCGCCGCGAAUAUACACCUCGCCCGUACAGCCUAGGAAGAGUAGUAAGAAUGAAAUGUUCGAAAUCAGUCCAUACGCGGAGUUCGCCCUGGGCUUCAGGACAUUCGACCACGUCGAGAACCAAGACCUGCCGAGCCGGCUACCGAGCAGACCCAGGUUCGACACCGAGACGAGUUUCCAGACGCGUUCGGAGUCUGAUGACAGCGACAGCACGUCCAAAGCAACCGUCUCCGCGGCUCCUCGACGACAAUGCCGAACACCGCACCACAGAUAACGACGGAAACAGAAGAUUGUAAAAACAAUGUAAUAUACAUUAUCAAGUUAUUUAAGCAUAUCAAUAAUCCGAUUUCGUCAGCUUUGAUUCGCAACGACAAAGGGAUUCGAAAAUAAAUUGUAAUUUAUGUUUAUAAUAUAUGUAUAUUAAAGUGUAUGUAAUUUUAAAAGCUCUUUAUAAUGUGGAUAAAACACCGUUAACUUUGUUUGAAAAAUAGAAUGCCUCGGUGGCUCGGUACUUCAUGCGCGGCACCGCAGCGCUCUGAGGUCCCGGGCAAAGUGAUAUUUGGGUUUUUCUGCUCAGUAUCAUGAUGCCCGGAGUCUGGAGUUUGUGGCCGAAAGUGGGUGCCCACGUUGCAUCUCUGCAUACCGCUUUGGGCAUAAAAGCAUUAUGAUGUGUGUCUUAGAAAAAAUAUCAAUGACAUUUUGAAGUCGAUCAAAAUUUCAAAGAUGCGUAUAAAUAUCAUAUACGAAUAAUAAUAGUUUAAGAAAAAUCUGUAUUGCUAACUUACAGAAAUCUCAAUUUUAUUUAUUUAGUUUAGGGCUGAUUUUUUAAUCGUCGGAUAAAUUGUAUCUAUCAAAUAUAACCUGACUAAAUAUAAAAGUCAGACGAAUUUACAACUUUAUACAUACGACUGUCAUUUUUAAUUAGUUUUUGUUGUAUUCUAUCUUACAAAUCAAAUUUAUCUGAUGUUUGUAAAAUCAGUACUUAAACUUGCUACGAAAAAAAAAAUACAAAAAUCUUGUCAUUGCGAAUCAGGGCCACAGUAGAAUAAGAAUCAGUCUUUUUGUAUUAAUGUUGACUAUCUUUUCAGUCAGGCUGCCAUUUUGAUUUUUUAAAUUAAGAAUGUUUUUAAAUCUCUUUUUAUAUAUGUUUUUGAACGUAAACUGCCAGUAUUAAAGACUUUACUUAUGACUCACUUAAAUAAAAAAUAAUAUCAUUUUUUUAUAUAUCAUAAAGAAGUAACAUGAAUAGUUAAAGGUUUGCAGACCUUAUGGGGGACAAUAUGCCAUACGAAAUUACUUAUCAUAGUUUGAUUACAAAGUGUGUAAAUGUCCUGCAAUGUUUUUUUCUGAGACAGUAAUACUAUCUCGGUCGAACCGGUAUUCAUUCGUAUGGCUUCGACUUUUAAAAUACUUUUUAUUACAAAAUCGGUAAUAUUAAUUUUAAAUUAAUAUAACAUUCAAAAUGAAUCUUAAAUGUAAAUCUUAAUCGUUUAUUUAUAAUAUCUUUAUUAAAAGACUGAUGUUUUAAAUUUAGCGUAAGUCAAAUAUCUGUGUCAAAAACAUUUAUGUGUUAGUGGAAAGAAGAUUCUUGAUCCUUUUUCACUUUGAGUUCUAUUACAGAAAGAUUGGUCGUUUUAAAAAUUUGUGACGUUCAUCGCAAUUUUACUAGUCAUGUCAACCAAAGUCAAAAUAUACUAAAAAGUAAAUAUUUUUUGAACUUAGAUUUAGCUUGUAAGCAAUAGAAUCUAUUUUUUUGUUUCGAAUGACGAGACAAGCUUGCUGUUCGCCUGAUGGUAAGCAAUACGACCGCACAAACAGUAGAAACACCAGCCAAUACCUUGAAUUACAAAGCAUUGUUUUGUAUUCCAUUGCGCUCGCCAUCCUGAGAUAUGAAAUGUUAAGUCUUAUUAUGUCCAGUAUUUACACUGUCACAAUCUGUCAUAUCAACUUAUAGAGACAAAAUAAGUUCUAAAUUACACCGGUGCUUUAAAUGCUCUUUAGCCGGCUAAAAAGACAAGUGUAACCUCUAUUUUUUUGUUUCUGAUAGACCCAACAGCUCUCUUGGGUCAAUUUCCGAGCAUUCUACUAGAUACAAUAUAAAUGAGAUUCCCAUCCACAACAUCCAAACGUAGUCCGGAGUAUAUUAAUUUUAAAUUAUAAAAACAAAGGCAGCAUCAAAAUUGAAUCCGCGAAAUUAGUUUUUCAAAGAUUGUCUUCUUUAAAAGUUUGAAUUAGUUUUAAAUUAAAUGAUGAAUUUUAAAUCUAGGGAGUUAGUAAUUUACUUUAGUUUUUAAAUGUUUUUAAGGCGAAGAAUAUAUUAAAUAGUAAUUUUCAAGGAUCAAGAAUACAUCUGUCAAGUUAUGAAAGUAACCUAAAUGCCAAAUGCAUAAUAUAUGUUCAAAACUUAAUAAAUAGUGCCAAAGACUAAUCAGUUAUUUUUAUUAUUUAUUUUAAUUUUUCUUUUAUACUUAUUAUUUACAGAUAUCUUUUAGAAAAUACACUGUCCUUUCUAAGACGUUGUUGUAGCCAUUUUUGAUUAGACUAUUUUUAAAAACUUACAGACUAUAUAAAUAAACAUUUUAAUAUUAGUUGUACCAAACAGCAUUGCGUAAAUUUUUAUUUGUUUUAAUCCGCUUUCGAUGUCUCAAAAACCUGUUUACGGAUAUUCCGCUUUUAAUAUUGAUACGAGUAUUGAAAUUCGUGCAGCCAUUUUUCCGAUGCACAAACAUAUUAACAAACUUUUAUUUAUACAUUUUACCAUAAGCUUUAAUGCAUUAACAAUUGUUUCAACCAGCAUUAUUUUAAAAAUAAAUUCGCAAACAACAU